GUCAUGUCAUUGUUGACUAAAGGAUGUUCCAUCUUUAUUGGAACAAGAGUAAGGAUAUUCAUAAAAAGGCCAUAAUUUGAUAUUUUGACACUUUAUGUCUAGAGUUACUCUACCUUUAGACACUUAGGCGUUGAAAAAAAUGCUGGGGCAUUACAGGACUUACUUCGACGUGUCAUGGAAAUUGAUGCAGAAAUAACGAAUACGCCUUUACCUCAAGAAUACAACCCCAAUGUAAAUCCAUCCUUUAUUUCUAUUAACCAUGUACCUUUAUCUUUCUUUAGACACAAAUCUGUAAUGCAUACAAUACAGCGGAUGCUUAUUACAUGGAUAAACUCCGAUAUGAACUCACAGUGACAAAUCAGCGAGAAUUUAGAAUAACAAGCGAGAUCAAUGCAAAGGACGCGCUUCAUAUUGUCGAUCAAGAACAAGGAGGAGACAUAUUUGUAUUCUCAAAUGGAUCAUUUGCUUGUUGGGGGAUGCAGCCAUCUCAGGAAACAAAGUUCUCAAGUCUUUAUGUCACCAAAAGUGAGAAAAAAAGAGAACCAAAUGCUGUUAUAGAAGAGGCAAAGGAAACGAUAGAUUAUACAGUAGAUGAAGACGAAAUAACCGACUUGAAAGGAGAUGUUGCCAUAUUAAAUCCUUUGGGCAUUCACUUGUCCAAGCUGGCCUUUUCUUAUGGUCUAGGACGAAUUGCCAAAAUAAAAAGCAUGGAAAUCAGUCUGGACAAGAGUAUCCAAUCCUUAGAACAUAGCUGUCACGUCGCGCUUUCCACAGGCACAUCAAAAUCCACUGAUUAUAAUCAAUGGCUAUCUGAAUUCUUGUUUAUUCGAUCAAGAGCUUAUGCCAGUGCAAAUGAUGGAUUUUUAGGCACAUCUAGUUUCAAAUGGGAAAAUCCAGAGUUGCAAGAUAUCGUCAAUAAAAUAUCUGCAAGGUUUGAUGCGCAAACUAGAAUAGAUAUUUUCAAUAGAAAAAUAGAUUAUGCCAUGGAUUUGAACAAUAUCUGGUUAAAGUACCUUUCUAAGCAAAUAAUACGCUAAUCAUACCGAAUAAAGCAGAUACAUCAUGUAAUACGGCCUGUUUGCCUCAUCAAAACGAAUUCUAAACCCUUGAAUGUAACGUUCCGUCUUUGGUUGCUGCAUGAAUGCACCAUAUUUAUAGCGCUAAGCAUCUUAAAAGCUAUCCUUCGUGCCACCUUACGGAGUCGCAGAAGCAUAAUUUUAUAGUAGAGCAUACACUUUACUUUAUAUUCCUCUAUCGCAUCAUAAUGAGAAUAAAAUUGACAGCAGUAGUAGCAUAAAUGGUCAUGCUGGCGACAUUAAAUAUAAUAGCAGCCAUAGAUUCUAUCCCCCUAUAAAACGCACACAUUUCUUAUUUUAACAAUACUCUUUUCUUUUAAUAAACAAACUACUUUACAGAUCAUUGACUUAAC